AUGUUCGCAACAAGAUUGCUCAGCCGACAGGUUCGAGCUCCUCUAAUGAGGACUCAGUUCCGCUGCGUAUCAACGCUGGAAGGAUCCCCAUACAUAUAUGUACACCCCAGCAAUGGACCAGCAAGUGGAAGCCAUAUCCUGUCAUUGCUGCCCUCGGAGCCAGUGAACCCAGAACUGGCCAUUGGGCUUACGACCCAACUCCCACCGACAACAGACACAUUCAAAGAGAAUCCCAAAUUUUUGAACAUCCUCCAAGAGGUGUGCUCUGAGCAUGCGGUCGAAGAUCCCGAUGCCAAGUCCCAAGCUCAGGUCAUGGUAUCAAUUGCCGGCGCGAACUUGAACUCAGGUGGUGUCUUAAUGGGUGGCAAGCGUGGACGCAGACGGCGCAACGAGAUGGGUGAUUCAAGUGGCGGCGCAAGUGGUCAGGGUGGUGCAGGCUCUGGAGGUCGUGGUGGCUGGAUCCAUGUCUCUGACGGCAGGAGACCGCCUGACUAUGGUCGAAUUGCUUGGUAUGUAGGAUUCUGUUCUGAUAGUCCGCAACCCGGCGUUUCUGUGAGUUGUACUGACUUAAUAGGCCGGAGGAUAUGUUCGGAAGCCUUGAAGUUGAUCCCAAUGGUCAAUUUGUUGGGGACAACGGAAACUAUCAACCAAGUGGUAUGCAUUCGUCACCUGGGCAUAGCGUUGAACCGAACUAACAGACAUCAGGCACUUACCGUGUUGUGA